ACUGCAAAUAUACCGUCUCUACGCAGAGGAAAAGGACACAUUCGGUGCCUUCCGUUGCCGUCCUCUUUUUCUUUCCUUACCACAAAUGUCCCAUACCUCCCAUUCCUUUCUGUAACCCUUUAUCCGGUCGCGCUCAAGGACCUACACACAGAGCUCACCUUCUCGGCAUCCCUGUACCACCUUUUCCCAGCAAACACUCUUUUUAUCCACCCCUUUCACCUUUCCUUUAUGUCUUCAGUUCGUCACGAAUCUUCACGGAGCCGUUGGUUUUCGUCCAAGAAUUCCCAGCUGCCCACUCACAAGCCUAUCCAGACCAUGCCAACCUCCAUUCCUUCAGAAAAGCUCCCGACUCACUCUGACAACGUAAAACAUCACCCUGGAAGAUUCUACACCCUUGCCUCUGUCAUUGGAAUCGGUGGCAAGCCUAGGAAACAGCCAGCAGCGUUGCCUGUACAUAACCCACCUUCCAAACCCGACAAUGAGCGCCCUGUCCCCCCUCGCUACACAAACAGACCUCCAGCCCGCUCCAUAUCAUCCACCGUAAGGACACGUGAUGAUUCCAUCGAGGUACACACACCCCUGGAUGCACCCAGAGACCGUCUAUCCUUCCCCCGCUCUGUCUUCACCGUCUCUGACACAGACCCA